AUGAGUUAUUUACUGCAUCUACUCGUAUUAUCCUGCUUGAUUAUCAACUUAUGCUUCGGCAGUGAAACUACUGGUAUCCCUUCCGGGGCUACAUUCGAUGAAUCACAACUUGGAGACUUGACAAAUAUUGAUUUAUCUUCUAUUGGAGGUGAUGGUGCUUCAUUUGGUGAUUCAGAACCUGUUGUUGACAAAGACACACCAGCUCCCUUGCCAGAGUUGACUAGCGAUGAUGAGGUUACUAUUCAAAAAACAAGCGAGAGCUACGAGUUCCAAACUGAGGUAUCAAGACUUUUAGAUAUUAUUAUUAAUUCGCUUUACUCUCAGAAAGAUGUUUUUCUUAGAGAACUACUUUCUAAUUCUGCAGAUGCACUGGAGAAGGCCAGAUUCAUUUCUGUUACGGAUGAUUCAUUUUUAGGUGAACAACAAGAACUCGAAAUUCGUGUGUCAUUUAACAAUGACAAACGUACUAUAACUAUUUCUGAUACUGGUAUCGGUAUGACACGUCAUGAUUUAGUCACAAACCUUGGUACAGUUGCUAAGUCUGGUACUGCAAAUUUCCUCGAGUCAUUAGCUAAAGGUGGAGACUUAAAUUUGAUUGGCCAAUUUGGCGUUGGUUUUUAUGCAUCUUAUCUUGUUUCUGAUCGUGUGACUGUAAUUUCAAAAAACAAUGAAGAUGAACAAUAUGUUUGGGAAUCAAGUGCCGAUGGUUCAUUUAGAGUUAGCCUAGACCCAAGGGGAAAUACAAUUAAAAGAGGAACCACGAUAAUCCUUUCACUAAAGGAAGAUGCUACUGAAUUCAUGAAUUUUUCUAAAUUGAAAGACUUGGCUCUUAAAUAUUCACAGUUUAUCAACUUCCCAAUUUAUAUUUAUAAUCCUGAGGGAUCAAAUAAGUCAGAAAAGGAUGAAUCCGGAGAGAAGAGUGAAUCUAAGGGCAGAUGGGAACAGGUUAAUGUUGAAAAGGCGAUAUGGUUGAGGCCUAGAGAGGAGAUUACUAAGGAAGAGUACAACGGGUUCUACAAAAGUAUUACCCAUGACUACUCUGAACCGCUUAGAUAUCUCCACUUUUCUGCUGAGGGUGAAAUAGAGUUCAAGUCACUGUUGUUCAUUCCCUCCCAUCCUCCAUUUGAUAUGUUUGAUACUUAUAUGGGGAAGAGCGGAAAUAUAAAGUUUUAUGUUCGAAGAGUUCUAAUUACUGAUAAGAUUGAAGACCUGCUCCCAAAAUAUUUGAAUUUUAUUAAGGGUGUUGUUGAUAGUGACGACAUUAGUUUGAAUGUGGCAAGAGAGCAUGUCCAGCAAAGUAGGAUAAUCAAGGUAAUUAGUAAGAAAAUCGUUAGGAAGGUUCUUGAAAUGAUAAAACAAAUUCAAACAGAACAACUCAAUGCGGAGAAAGAGGAAGCAAAUAAACCUGAUGAGGAGAAAAAUAAGGAUUCUGCUCUGAAAGCGUAUGAUAAGUUUUAUGACAUGUUCCACAAAAAUUUAAAACUUGGUUGCUAUGAAGAUGAUUCAAAUCGUUCUAAGAUUGUGAAACUUCUCAAGUUCCACACCUCAAAGAGUGGAGACAACACUGUGUUUUUAUCUAAGUAUAUAGAGGGAAUGAAGCCUGAACAAAAGAAUAUCUUUUAUAUAUCAGGUGAAUCCCCAUCGGCGCUUUUAAAAAAUCCAUUGGUUUCUCUUUAUCUAAAGCACGAUAUUGAGGUAUUGUUCUUAACUGAAGGCGUUGAUGAGCCAUGCAUUUCCAGAAUUCCAGAAUUGGAAGGAUUUAAGUUUACAAGCAUUGAAAAAGGCGAUACUCGUCCGUUCGAAGAAACUGAGGAAGAAAAAAAUAUGCACAAAAGAUUGACAAAGUUUUACGAGCCAUUACUUAAGUUCGUAAAGGAUGAGUUCCCAGGUGAAUUUUUGAAAGUAGAAGUUUCUAAGCGUUUAGUAAGUGAUCCAGCCGUAAUUACUUCUGGCCCAUGGGGACAAUCUGCAUACAUGCAAAAGAUCCAGAAAGCCCAAACAUUUUCAAAUAAAGCAGAUUAUAAGAACAAACAUAUGGAAAUUAAUCCUAAUCAUGCUUUGAUCAAGAAACUUAAUGACUUAGUUGUCUCGAAAAGUAAUGCUGAAGCUAAAGCACUCGCCCUUAAAAUUAUUCAGCUCUCCACAAUCGCUUCCGGAUUUGACCUAGAGAAUCCCAGCGAAUUUGCGUCCGGAAUGUUCAAAGUCAUAUUGCAGAGCUCAGGAAUAGACGAGAAAGAUAUUAUUAGUUCUGUUGAACUACCUGAAGAAGUGAAUGAAGAAGACACAACAGGCUCUGAUCAACAAGAAGAGGGGUUCAACGAUGAGGAAGACGAGAAGAGCGGAAAAAAUCACGAUGAACUCUAG